UCGUCCACAAAAUCGAAAAUACCCGAGUCUAUAAAGAAAAACCGGAGGAAGAUAUUAAAAUUCUCAAUAUAGACAUCAUGUAAAAGAAAAGCUUGAUGUAUCGAGUUUGGACGAGAACACUUUGGGUUGCCUAAUACAUAUUGCCGAGAAGGAACUUUUUGAACACUAGUUGUUAUAUCCUUGAUGUUAAUCCCAUCAUUAGUCAAGGUCAAAAUCUGUUAUUGGUCAAGCGUUUGAUCUUAUCAGCAUUAGCGCAUAUCGAGCAAUCUACCUAUUUUAUCCCCACUUUCCCACACUCCCACCUUCCCACCUUUCCACCUUCCUACCAUACAUACUCCCACGGACACCUUCCCAUCUCAAGCUUGAUUACGAAUUCAAUUUUCAUUGCAUUGAACUCCACUCAAUCCUUUUCGUCUCUUCUUCGAUUCUUGUUUUGAUAAUUGACUUUACAUCCAAAUUCCAAAGCCAUUUGUCUUUUUCAACGCCUUCUUCCCGUUCGUCUAUCGUUAUGUCGAUGCGAGUACAGAUAAAUCCAAUAGCGCCAUCUACUAAACUCAAAGCUUAUUCUGCUUAUGGAAAAGACACUGACGAUUCAAAUAUCGACAACCCUAAUCCAAAUAUCGGCAACUUGAGCAAAUGUCGGAAAUCAUUUGUUCGUGUACCACUCGUUCAUUUCCAUCAUGCCACGUCCAAAGAAAGUUGGCGCACCGGAGCCUAAGAAGAGGAGUAGGAAUGGCUGUUGGUACGCUAGCGGUAAUGUUUAUGUCAUCGAAUAUUUUUACUGAAUAUAUAUAUCCUUCACAGGCCCUGCAAAGCUCGAAAGGUAAAAUGCGACGAAACUCGCCCAACAUGUGUAAAUUGUUCGAAACAGAACGAAAUUUGCGAUUAUAGCAUACGAUUGAAUUGGGAGGGUAGAGGCAAGAAGAAGGUUCAUAAUGACGACGACACUGGGCAGGGAGCUUUUUCCAUCUCAAACUCAGUGACUCAAACUACUCAAAGUGCAAGUAGUCACCUUUCGGGGUCAUUCACAAGCUUCCAAUCUUUUCUCCCAGCGUCUGCUCCUCGAGAUGAGCAUUUGAGCCGCGAUGAUAAGGCAUAUGGGCUUCAAAUGACGGACAUGUCAAUGAUUGAUCCCGCCUUGACCAGACCUGCUUAUCCACCGAUUACAACUUUCCAAGAUACGUUACCCAGGGAUCAUGGUCACCCGAAUCAGCAGCAGCCUCCAUAUCUUGAACGAUAUCAAGCCAGUGCCCCGAUCACUCCACUUUCAGCACAAUCACCUGGUCUAUCGAUAUCUAGCCAACUUCAAGUUGCGGACGAAUCUGGAAGUUCAAAUUCAAACAGAGGUGUACUUCUAAAUAUCGAAAGCCCAAUGUCAACCCCGCCAUAUCUCGGAAGCGGGCAGGGGACACCGGCAGCGGAAAGCUCUACAAUGGACAGACCUGCUAAACGCACUCGAUAUGACAGCUCGCUCUACAACUCACGCAUGCUUCCUCCUCUAGUGCCCAGUUUGGAUUCCACCGAUGAACCUCGAAAUGCAAUACCUGCUAUGUCACAGGUAGAAUCCGGGACACUACGUAAGGUGGGCGUUAAUAAGACCAAAACUAUACCAAGCCGCGAAUAUUCACGCAGGCUCUCCGUAAGUUCAUUGUUAUCGGGCCCACCUGAUAGAGCACCAUCGGAUAACCAGAGCAGUGGAUCAGGAUGGGAUUACCGAAGUCAGGAUUGGACUCCAUAUAUGCAUGAUGUAUAUCAGGACACCGAUACAUGGGGUAUUGACCCGGGUCUGGUAGAUUUGGAUAUUGGAAAGAAUGAUGAUGUAAAUGCUAUUUCAGAAUCAUCUUCCACGUUAGUGGGUAUUCAACAGGAGUCUGAUGUAGAUAAUGGGGGCGAAUUGUCGCCAAUGGAGUUUGGAUUCGGCAUGGAAAGCAAUGAGACGGCUCUUGAGGUUGGAUACUAUGACAAACCGGUUUCGAUAUGCAUACCCCGUAUACUUCAACCCCUUCCUGCAAAACUGCUUGAAAAUCCAAUGAACCUACUGGUGAGUUUUACGAAUAUUCAGUGUCGCUCCUCGCUAAUGUGAAUGCAGUACUUUGUAAGACUUUUCUCGCGGCUGCGCUUGAGCUAUCUAACUAAUCUUUCCUAGCAUCAUUUUCUCGAUCACACAGCAGGUUGUCUGAUACCGCACAACUGUUCGUCUAAUCCAUUCCGUAGUAUCUUACCACAAAUGGCUGUUCGGGACGACGAUCUUUUGCAUCUUCUACUUGCAUACUCUGCCACACAUCGGGCCAGACUUUUGAGACAACCCGAACCUGCCACUCGAAUAGCUUUGUGGGUCAAAGAUAUCUUUCCCAACCUUAGGCAUGCGCUCGAAGACCCAAACAAGAUUACGUCGAAUGUCAACCUUGCGACGGUGAUCAUGCUUGCAUCUUUGGAAAUAAUCUCCCCAAAGGUCUUUGGGGUUGCCGUUCCGUGGCAGAAGCAUCUUGAAUUCGCUCGUCAAAUGCUCGUCGCGAGAGGUGGAGCCCACCGAAUGCAAACGCUGUCGCGCAAGGAUAAGGUCUCGUCUUUUCUAUGGAGUUGGUUUGCAUACUUGGAUGUCCUUGGCAGUAUGAGUGGUGGUCAAAAUCUUUCGUCUGCUUGGAUGCUGGAUUAUGAAACGGAAGAUGAAGAAUAUAGUUAUCAAAUUGACUGUAUCCUCGGUUUCACCAGUCGUUGCGUCCGCAUUCUUGCUAAGGUCGCUAAUCUUGCCCGCCAAUGUGAUGCUCUUCGCAUUAAUACUGAUUCAACAAUUAAUGUAGAUUGGCAGCCUUCAGAUGAAGUAGUCAUCCGUGCCCACAAACUUGAAGCAGAUCUCAUUGAGUCGCGUCGUCACCCAGCGAAGCCAUGCACUCAUAUGCAAUCUAAGUCUGAAGCAGAGUAUGGAUGGGAUAGUCUUGAGGUAGCCGCGACCAAUGAAGCCUUUCAUUCUGCUGGACUCGUCCAUCUUCAUCGCAGAAUACUUGGAAAGCCUUCAGUCCAUGAAGAUGUCCAACAUGCCGUUGGUGAAAUCCUUGGCUCUUUCAACAAGAUUAGGAAAGGAAGUAGUGCCGAAGCCUGUUUGUUAUUUCCAAUGUUUACGGCUGGAUGUGAUAUUCGAGAUGAGAAGCAAAGAUCCGAUAUUCUUGAACGAAUGAACAGGGUUGAGAGGUACGGAAUGACACAAGCACACAAAGCGCGAACAUUGAUGGAAAAGGUUUGGGAACUUUCAAAACCAUGGGAGACCUUGGUAGGCGGAGAAUUCUUUGGUUGAGUACUCGAAUGUUGGAUCAUUGAACUCGAACUCUUGAAUUGUUACAAUAAACCACUUGAUAAAUGAGCAAUUCCUACACAUCCAGCAUUUAUCACAAUCGUCCGUCGAUGGUAAAAAACGCAUGCAGUUCUUAAUUUCACGACAUAAACGAAGAGCAUGUCGCCCUAGGGUCAGCAUUCGCCAUUUUAUCACGAAGUCUGUGAGUUCCAAUUUGUCCUGGGCAUGACAUUAAAAGGCCCA